AUGGCGGCGGCCAGCAGCGAAACCAGCAAGACGAUUCUCAAGAGCGAGGCGCUGUACAAGUACGUCAUCGACACGUCGGUGCUACCGCGCGAGCCGGACUGCAUGCGUGACCUGCGCCUCGUCACCGACAAGCACGAGCGGUUUUUCAUGCAGUCCUCCCCGGACGAGGCGCGGCUGCUGCAGAUGCUCAUCAAGCUCACCGGCGCACGCCGCACCCUCGAAGUCGGCGUGUUCACGGGCUACUCCCUGCUGGCCACGGUGCUGGCUCUCCCCGACGACGGGAAGGUCAUCGCCGUCGACGUGAGCCGCGAGUACUACGACAUCGGCCGCCCCUUCAUCGAGAAGGCCGGGAUGGCGCACAAAAUCGACUUCCGCGAGGGCCCCGCGCUGGAGCACCUGGACGCGCUGCUCGCCGACGAGGCCAACCACGGCGCCUUCGACUUCGCCUUCGUCGACGCCGACAAGCCCAACUACGUGCGGUACCACGAGCAGCUGCUCCGCCUGGUGCGGGUCGGCGGCGUCAUCGUGUACGACGACACGCUGUGGGCGGGCAUGGUGGCGCUGCCGCCCGACGCGCCCCUGUCGGAAUUUGACCGCCGCACCUCGGUUGUUAUGCGAGACCUCAACGCCAUCCUCGCCGCUGACGAGCGCGUGGACGUGUGCCAGCUCACCAUCGCCGACGGCGUCACCAUCUGCCGCCGCCUCGUGUGA